CCAACUUUACAAUAUCAUUAACACCUUUCUAAAUUAAAUCAUUAGCACAUAACACAUGGCUAACUUGAAAUUCUGGCUGUGCUUAUUCUUGAUAUGUGUUUCCUUAUCGAUUUCAUCAGCGUCUCGACCACUGCAGCAGCGAUCUCCAAACGCAGAUGGUGUUAAACGAGGGCGCAUGAUGAGAGAAGCAGAGAAAGUGUUGAAAGCGAGUAUGGAGAAGCUAAUGGAAAGAGGUUUUAAUGAGUCUAUGAGACUAAGCCCUGGAGGUCCCGAUCCUCGCCAUCACUAAGUAAUAUAUUAGUAGAUUUACAUUGGAGGAUGUAUAUUUUGUUCUUGAUCGAGAAGAACCGGUUUAGAAGAAAACAUAUCGAUCCUUUUCUCUUAUUUUUUUUUGUAAGCCUUGUUUGUUCGUUCGGCGUA